CCCUCAUCCCUACUUAAAGCUGUGGCCAAGAACAGAUGGGAAUAGAACACAAUUAUUGGCACUUUGUACCAGGCACUCGCAUAUUCAUCGCUUUGCUUACUUUAUACCCAAAAGCAAAUCGUUUAAUCGUUGCUUAUACCGCCCAGUGGCCAGUCCCUACCUUGUUUCCAUUUAAGUGUCUGCCAAACAGCCAAAAUCAAUAUCUACUUGUGCGGUUUUCGCGGUUUUUUUUUUUGUGAUUUCUUUUAAAAACAAUCAAUACCCGAAGGUAACGUGUGUAGAUAAAUAACAGUUCAUCUCAGUGUGCGUUCGUUGACGCUUGACAUAUUGAAUGGGCACUGAAACCAAGAGCAACAGUUACACAGGACAGAUAUCAACAAGUGGCGGCAACCCCAAAGUGAUGAAAGAUUCUUUAUCCUUAGUUCGUCAGGCGGUCAAGCAGCAUUCGCAAUUGAACUCUGUGCAGAAUAACUGCACGUCAAAUUCAGAAAUCGACAACGAACGCAAAACAAGUGAUAUUCGACCAAAGCAAAAGGAUCAAUCCACAAACGAGCUUGUGCCCUUUGUUCCCAUAUUUGUUGAAGAGGCCGAUGUAAUUCAAGGGGCCAAGGAACUGUUAAAGGUUAUUAGACCGACCUGGGACCUCAGCCACGUCGAGUUUAAGAGUUUUACCGAUGGCAUCACGAACAAACUGGUUGGAUGUUUCCACAAAGAAAAUAAAAAGUUAAAGCAUGGGGACAGUGGAUCGUAUUUGCCGAUUAAAACUUUGGGCCUGUCGCCAGUGCAUGGCGAGAACCCUGUUAUCAUUGAAAAGGAAGAAUUCUCCAAUUGUACACCGUCAGGCGAUGCACCUGUACAGUACUCCGAUAACGUAGUGCUGGUCAGAAUAUAUGGCAACAAAACGGACCUGUUGAUUGAUCGCAAGGCGGAAACGCAAAACUUUUUAUUACUGCAUACCUACGGCUUGGCGCCAUCGCUCUAUGCCACGUUCAAGAACGGCCUCGUCUAUGAAUAUGUACCUGGAACCACCCUGAAUACCGAAAGUGUGCUCGGUCCAGAGAUUUGGCCCUUGGUCGCUCGCCGCAUGGCUGAGAUGCACCGCAAAGUGAAGAAAACUGGGGACACGUCUAAACCAUUGCCCAUGAUAUGGAAAAAGACGCAGAGCUUUCUUGAUUUAGUACCUGAACGUUUUACUGAUGCUGAAAAACACAAAAGAGUGAAAGACACGUUUCUACCUAUUGCUCGCUUGCGGGAGGAGUUCAACAAGCUGUACGAAUACCUUGAGGCCCUUGACAGUCCCAUUGUAUUCUCCCACAAUGAUCUUCUUCUGGGCAACGUUAUCUACACAAAGAGCCUAAACACGGUAAAUUUUAUUGACUACGAGUACGCAGACUAUAAUUUUCAAGCCUUCGAUAUCGGGAAUCAUUUCGCCGAGAUGUGCGGGGUAGACGAAGUGGACUAUACUCGUUAUCCGAAACUCGAUUUUCAACUGCAAUGGUUGCGAGUCUAUCUUGAAGAAUACCUUCAGCGCAGUCACAUUAAAAAUGAGGAGGUCAAUCUGCUAUACGUCCAGGUGAACCAGUUUGCGCUGGCAUCUCAUAUUUUCUGGACCGUUUGGUCAUUAUUGCAAGCUGAACACUCCACCAUCGAUUUUGAUUAUGUUGGAUAUGCGUUUCUUCGCUACAAUGAAUACUUGGCCCGAAAGGAGGAAUUUUUAUCAUUAUCUGCAGCAGAGAGAAUCGAGGGAUACUCCCCGGCCACCCAGUGAAUUUGGAAAAUUUAAUAUGUGCCCAGUGAUAUAUAUGUAAACUAGGCCUGGAACGGAUGCUUAUGUUAUACAAUGUAUAUAUAACGUGUGUUCACAAAUCAUUAAGAAAAUAAAAAACUGAAAACCAA